GUGGGCCACAGUGAUCCAUAGGCUAUAUUCGGCUUCCUUUAAUCGGUUAUCCCAAUUUAAGCAAUUCACAAAUCCCUAAUAUUCCUUUUCUCUCGAUAUUUUUCCUCAAGAAAUCAUCUUAAACAGCGAAAUUCAAUCACGAAGAAGGUAAUCUCCGCAGAAAAAUGCCGAAGAAAAUGGGAGUGAAUAGCAAAGCCGAGGCGGCUAGGGCUCGGAGAAGCGCCACCGAGGCCGAUCGGAAGGAGCGCGACGCCAGGGAGAAGGAAGAGCAGUACUGGCGCGAAGCCGAAGGAGCCAAAUCGCGAGCCGCCAAGAAGCGCGAGGAAGAAGCCGAGAAGCGGGCCGAGGCCGCCGCCAAGAAGGCCGAAGCCCGCCGAUUGGCGGAGCAGGAGGAGAAGGAUCUCGAGAAGAGCAUGAGGAAGCCUGAUAAGAAGGCUAACAGGGUGGCGGCCCCCCUGCCGAAGGUGACGGAGGUUGAGCUGCGGCGGAGGAGGGAGGAGGAGCAGGCGGCGCUGCAGCGGCGGGCGGAGGAGGAGAAGAAGAGGCAGAGCCGGAUCGCGGACGAGGAGGAGUACGAGAGGAUGGUCAGCUUGGAGAACACUAAUCGUGACGAUUCGAAGAUUGAGGCGAGGUCGGUGGAGGAAGCUAUUGCGCAGAUGACGCUGGUGGACAGUUUGCCGGUGGACAAGCACCCUGAGAAGAGGCUUAAAGCUUCAUUCAAGGCAUUUGAAGAAGCUGAGCUUCCUACGUUGAAGGAAGAGAAACCGGGUCUCACACAUACUCAGUAUAAGGAUAUGAUUUGGAAGCUCUGGAAGAAAUCUCCUGACAAUCCCCUUAACAAGGUAGCUGACAAGCCUUGAAUGCAUCAUGGCUUGUGCUGUGGGGGACUUGCGGAAAGUGAGCUUCAGAUUCAGUAACUGUGUGAUUAUAUAUCGACAACUAUGUGCGACUCCAUUCAGUCUUUUGUUAUCCUUAAUUUGAAGCAUCCUCUGCCAGCUGAUGCAAGAGAUUGUGAUAAUAAAGAACACAUUGUCAAUAAACUUAAAUAAGAUCCUUGUAUUUUAUUAUAAAUUUAUGUUGAACCGUUUUUGGUUUUGGCGGUAGGUUAUCAGAUACGUUUGACUUGUGAAAAUAGUGGAGCAAAUAUUUUCUUUCUCAUAUUGAGGAAAUUUUGAUAUUGUUACCUGGCAUGUCAGUUCUGAAACUUAUACCAUGUUUGGAGCAUAAUUAGUUAUCUACGUGCUUUGAAUUUUUUUGGGUUUGAGAUUCGUAAUGUGAAUGUUACCUGUAUGGCUGUAUCUAUCCCAGCACGGAUGGUUUUGGUUGCGAUAGCUGGGCAUGACUUGAUUCGUGUCG